ACAGCGGAUGGUGUGGAAGGAGGCCUUGGGCCGCCGCUCGAAGCUCUCGCCCAGCUGCAGCGGGUGUUCCUCCUUGUCCAGCAACGAGUUCGCCGAGCCGUUCAUGGCCCCGCUCCCGGCCCGAACCGUCCCUUCCCUCUCCUCCGUGCGCUGCCGCCCGGCGUCCUCCCGGAAAUUCUUGGCUUUCCCUUCCGGGAACCCUCUCCGGGGCUGGCGGCGGAUCCUCACUUGUUUUACUUAAGUGAUGGAACCAUACACUAAAGAAAAAAAAUCAUCCUUGGGUCCUUGGUGUUCAUGUUUGUGUGAAAGAAUCUAGGAUGUUCCAAGAAAAGGCGUCAGCAAAUUGCUUAAAUAUAGUAACAACAUCUACUGAAGAUGGUGCUUUCCAAAAAAAGGGCCAUAGUGCUCGAGUCCUUAGCCCAGAAGAAGCUGAAAAACUGGCAAAAGAUCAGGUUCUGGUGUCUGAGUUUAAACAACUAAAACUGGAGAAAGAGGCACAGAAGAACUGGGAUCUCUUUUACAAAAGAAACAGCACCAACUUCUUCAAAGACAGACAUUGGACAACUAGAGAGUUUCAAGAGUUAAAGGCAUGUCGUGAGUUUGCAGAUCAAAAACUGACCAUUCUGGAAGCAGGCUGCGGGGUUGGAAACUGUUUGUUUCCACUCUUAGAAGAAGAUAUGAAUAUUUUUGCAUAUGCCUGUGAUUUCUCUCCUAGAGCUGUUGACUAUGUGAAGAAAAAUGCCUUAUAUAAUACUGAAAGAUGUAAAGUGUUCCAGUGUGAUCUUACCAAAGAUGAUCUUCUAGACAAUAUACCAGCAGAUUCUGUGGAUGUUGUCACACUUAUAUUUGUGCUUUCUGCCAUUCAUCCUGACAAAAUGCAUCUUGUCCUGAGGAACAUUUAUAAGGUAUUAAAACCAGGCAAGUGUGUCCUGUUCCGAGACUACGGCCUAUAUGAUCAUGCAAUGCUCAGGUUUAAAUCAGGCAGCAAACUUGGGGAAAACUUUUAUGUCAGACAAGAUGGGACAAGAUCGUAUUUUUUUACUGAAGAGUUCUUAUCUCAGCUUUUCAAGGCUGAGGGAUAUGAGCAAGUGGUCAAUGAAUAUGUGCAGCGAGAAACUGUGAAUAGGAAAGAAGACUUGCAUGUUCCAAGAGUGUUUCUUCAAAGCAAAUUUCAAAAGCCUUUCAGUGAGACAUAAGUUCUUUCUGAUUAGCAACGGCAUUGGUUGUUUGAAAUGGAAGCUAGCACAUAAGCUGUGUGCUCAUCUUUCUGGUGAACCAAAAAUGCUGGCAUCCAGUACCUCCCUUUAGUUUCCAUCAUAGGAUACAAAAUAUAAAUGCUAUUUCUAAUUCAAUUUUAAGAUGGUUUAGUGAGGCAGGCAACCUGUUGAGCAUCUGUAUUCCUGCUUCUAAAAUAAAACCUGUGCAACAUUGGUGGAGGAUCAGGUAAAGCAUAUAAAUAAAUUUAAAUUUUUAUUAAAAACUAUUUUUAAACAAGUAUCCUGUGUUUCCUGUCACUUGUGAUUUUUGAGGCUUGUUAAAGUUACAAUAUUUCAUUUACUUUCAGUACUUGUGUGACUUCUGAGUGUACUUUCUCAGAUACAGGAAUGAAACAGACUCUGUGAGCAGUAUAGUGUAAACUGCCUUAAUAUUUUAAUAGUGGUAUCUUUUUAAUAUGCUCAGCCUUUAGAUGUGUAAACAAAUGUUUAUAUUCAGAGUAAGAUCCUAAUUUAUCUGAUUUUAUGCUUGAAGAAGGAUGAUCAGGUUGUAUUUAUCCCUAAUUAAUUUAAAAUUUUCUUCAUUUAAUGUGCAGAAAUAUUUGAAGUUUUGCAAGUUGGUUUCCUGUUUGAAACUGAAAUCAGCAAGUCAGGAGUACUUUCUUUGAUAUGAAGUGUAGUCAGCUGCUUCUUGCCUGGGCAGAGGUCUUAAGUCUUUUCCAUCACUCCCAGGAAAGUUAUGUUGGUCUUUGCUGCUCCUGCCACUAAAAGCUGCUGCAGCUGUAACUGCUUGAAGGAGCUUCAUCCUUUCCUUGUAGCUCUUUGCCCUGUGGCACUUUGCACUGCAGGACCUUUUCUGUGUUCUUGGAUGAUGUAGUUUCAAAAUCAUGCCUGGGUCUUUAACCUGCAUUUUGAGCAGCUGCAGUGCAGCAGAGGAAGCCCAGCAGUAUCCGGUGACUUGUGCAAUGGCUUGUGCUAAUCCUGUGUAAUGUACACAAUUUGCAACAGGGAAAAUUCCAGUGAAAUACUAAAGGGGAGAUCAGAUGCUGGGGCAGGGCCCAGAGAAGUUGUGGAGCUUUCAUUCUUGGGAAUACUUGGAAUAAGAUCAGCCAACACCUUGAGCAUCCUGUGACUUUGAGGGUGGCCCUACUCAGAGUAGGGAUUUAAUCUCUGGCUGUAUAUACGAGUAUGUGAUUGCUUGACGCAAGCUGUCAUUCCACUGGACUUGUGUGUUGUUAGAUGACCCAGUUAUACACAUCUGAUUUGGACCAGAGGUGACUUUUUCCCUCUGUUUAUGACAUAGGAUAUAAUAAUGAUUUUUUUUCCCAGGAUCUUAACACUGGGUGUAUUGUGCAUGAAAUGAAAGAAGUAAUAAUUUUCCAGCCUGAAGCUUAAAGUUACAAAGUUAAUCAGUCAAAUUUUUUUGUAACAAAUUGGAGCUGCCAAAGUCUUAUUCAGUUGAUAUGGUUAGAAAUAAAUUUGCAACAGAUCACGAAUCUUUGGCCUCAGAGAAAAAAAUGCUUAAAUAAUUCACAAUUCUCCUAAUGACCCUUUGAGGAGGGUUAUUACAUGUCAUCUCUGUUUUUUUAUGGAGAGUAUUAUCCCAGAGAUUUAUGCAUUGCUGGCCCCUGCUGUGCAGCCCAUUAGCUCUUUCUGCCAUGCUAGUAAUAAAUAUCUAGUAAGACUUACAGUAAAUGAAAAAUUAUUGCUAAAAAGAGAUAUAACGAUGACAGCACUAUCCUAAUCUGAGUUAUUAUUUGGUGGCUUUCAGCAGCACAUAUUCGUCUUUAGCAUAGCAGUUUUGCAAUGACUACAUGUAAUCUGAGCUCUGUUGGUAUUUAGUGGUGUUUGCAGCCUGUAACUCCAAGUGCCUUUCAGGGCUGGAGGCUUGGUCCUUUUGGAGAGUACAGCACAUAAAUGAGACUGAAGGAAUGCCUUGUGUGGUGCCUUAUCAUGGUGCUGUGUGCUUGUCAUCAUAUGCAAAAGCAAGUGCAAUGAACUGUUAAUUCCUCAAAAGGAAAUAUGAUGUAGGCAAGAAUCAAAAAUGUUAAUCAGAAGACCUGAAUCAGCCCAAUAAACAUAGCUAAUAGAUUCAGACAGCCAAAGACAACCACUUAGUUCCUUUUUACACUGAACUAUUGCCAGAACAAUAAUACAUGUUUCUGUGUGUGGCUGUAGCUUCAGUAUUUCUGUGUACACUUUUUUUGUAGCAGCAUGUUAAAUGGAGAGCAGUAUUUCUAACUUUUUUAUUACAUCUCAUCCAGUCUCAUUUCCAGUCAGACCUGCAAAAUAAAGUAGCAUGCAUGAAUGCCCCUGCCAGAAAGAUCUUCUGCAAUAGUUCUCGUAAAGCAGAUGUUAUUUUGAGAUGAACGGUCAGAAAGGUUAAUUUAGUUUCUAUGACUCUUCUUCUGUGGACUUUAAAUCAUGGCAAAUUUUUCUAACUGUGGUAAAGUUUGAGGAAGUUGAGUCAGCUGUAAGAAAUCUUUGCCUCAUCAUGUGAGACAUAGUAACUGAUGGGGUGCAUGUGAUUGGUGCAGUGCUGAGUAAAGUGGAUCCGUUCCCCCCAGCUCUUCAGCCUUCCCAAGCUCAAGUAAGCUCACCAGCAGCACAUGCCAGCAAUACCUGUGCUUUGUAUCCUUGAACAAACUGCAGUGAUAGGACAAGGAGUUACUGGUUCAGACUGAAAGAGGGGAAAAUUUAGGUUAGAUGUAUGGAAGAAAUUCUUUACCAUGAGGAUGGUGAAGCCCUGGAACAGAUUGCCCAGAGAAGCUGGGGAUGCUCUAUCCCUGGCAGUGUUCAAGGCCGGGCUGGAUGGGGCUCUGAUCAACCAUGGCAGGGGGAUUGGAAUUAGAUGAUCUUGAAGGUCCUUUCCAACCCAAACCAUUCUGUGUAGAACUGUCCUUGGGGAAAUGUAGUAAUCAGGGAUAAUGGUGUUAAAAUUACUUGGAAAAAGCAUAUAUGCACUGAGUCAUGCUUACCUUGCACAAGCAAGCCUCUAUGCUGUGAUUGUAAUAGAUGUCCUGAUUGUUCUUUGAUUUUUCUGCAGUCAGUGGAGGCUGCUGAGAUGACUCAAUUGUCUUUAGAAGAUCUGGUUUUUGUUCCCCUUAAGAUGAACUAGCUGCUCCACUUGGCAGGCAUAAGUAGUAAGUUCCUUAAUGCCAACACCCUGUUCUGAGCAAUAUUUAGGAUGGAAGGAAAUAAUUGUUGGAGUAAUGGAACUGAGAAAACCCAAUUUUUUAAAAAUGAUUUGGUGCCCUGAGCUUACAUUCUCUGAUGUUUAAUAAAGUAUGAACUUGGAUUAAGGUUUUUCCUGAAGUCAGGGAAUCCUAAAAUCCCACUUUUCAGUGUAGGAUUCUCUGAUGUCUCCUCCUGGAAUUGAACUGCAUGUAUUAAGGAAUGAUGUUAAUGAGCAAUGAGGACAUGGGUAAGGUCUGAUUGUCAUCUGUUUUCAUCAAAUUUAUAGAAGUGUGAAGUCUGAGUUAUCUGAUGUGUGUCCUUUCUGUCAAAGGACAGCUUCUGUCAAAUUUGGUUGAUGUAGUCUGAUGUCUGAUAACAAGCUACGACAAGACAGAAAUCCACACAGGUAUUGUGUCUGUACUCUAUGGAUGGGUGAGCUUUCUUUCCUUAGAAAUAUGCACUACUGAGACAAAAGCAUUUGAACUUUAAGGUAACAGUAUAACAGCAGGUUUUAUGUGGUUCAUUUGGUAGCUAAAAAGCUAUUUCAGGUGCAUCUUUCAGGUACCUGAAGACUCCUUGGGUUCCAAAGGCAGAAUAUUUAAGUAAUUAAUAUAAUAGUAGAGCUAUGGUUGAUUGUGCAUCACUCUAUGAAACCAAGUGCUAUAAAAGUCAGACCUGAAACUCCAGCAGCUGUAAGCAGCAGCAGUCAGCUCUAAAACAUACAACCUUGGUCUCCUAGGAGAAAACUGGUAUAUGAAAUCAAAAAAGGUCGUUUAUAUGCUCAUCUGUUAUAAUUUUUUUGAUCAGUUGAACAGUUCAUACAUCUGAAUAUACUGAGAGAGACAAAUUACAAAUUAGGAAGUGCUUUAUGGAAGAGUAUAUAUAUUUGGAGAGGAUAUCAAUGUUGAGCAUUUGUGUGUGAAGGAAAAAUAGUAAGAUUGUGUUUUAAUUUCUAGGGGAAAAAAAUCCUGAAUUUCACAGAUCAGGGAUGACAUAUAAUUAAAUAAGCUGUUCAUCUAAAAUGUGAAAUUUUGGAAAUGGAAGCCUGCAGGUUCCAAAAUGAGACUGAUGUUCCAGGGAGGCAGGAAGGUGGCAUCUGAUUGUGUGUGAUAUUAGUAAUACAUGCAAGACUCUGUGGGAAGCAGAAUUGUAUAUUGGAAAGAUAUUGCUGAGAUACAAUUAGUGAAAAUAGAUAAGUAUUUUUUAAAGAGUUUUACCGUAUCAUAAUAUAGCUGUGAUGAUUUUUUCACUGGUUAUGAUUGUUAUUAGGAAAGAUUGUGAGCCAUUUCAAACAUUUGGGAGCAAACAUUUGCUAGUUAUACAUACUGCAAAAACAUCUGACCCUUGGGGGCAGUAGGCUCAGAAUAUGAGUAUGUUUGUGCUCUGUGUUUAUAAUGUGAAUUCAUUUAUUAGAGCAAAGGCAGAUGGUGAGCCAGCACUGUGGGGAGGCACACAGAGGCAUUGCUUGCAAAGAUAGAAGCUAUUAGCCAGGUAAGAUGUUGCAUUAGGGAACCUUUUUCAUUCCCACUUCCUGGGCUGAUGUGCACUGUUCAUUGUGUUUGCAGCAGGGUGCUGUGAAAUCAAGGAAGACAAGGACACAAGAAAAAGACUACGCGAUUCUUCCAAAUUAAUAGUGAUUUUGUGUAUUUCUACUUAUAUGAUUCUGUUUAUCACCAUUUACCCUCCUUCCCAGCAAAUUUUAGAUCUCAUCCUUGGAAAAUUAGAUUGCUUUUGAAAAUCCUUGCCAAGGACACAGGCGUAACUUGCAUGCUUGAAAAAUAUAUGAUGCGAAAUAUUUAAAAACGCAGCUGUGUGACUGAAAAUACAAAUCCAGCUAUUUUCCUCCUCUGACUUGUAAGAAGCUUUGUACUUCACUGUCACUUCAGUGCUUUUUCACAGUUCCCACUUUGAGGUGCUGUGCUGUCUUAAGUUAGAUGGCACCAAUCAACUGCAGCUCUUGUUUCUGAUGCAUCCAGAGAAGUUAGAAUGGAAAUAAAUGAGAGUAGCUACAGGGAAAAGUCAGAAAGUAGGGAAAUUACUAAUAGAUAAGCUUGCUUACUGUCUAGGCUCCACUCAGUAUUUUUCCACAGCCCAUUUCUCUGGAUCCUUGGAUUGCUUUUGUAAACUUGGUAUAGCAGAGAAGCUGCUGUUCAGUGGGAUAAUGAUAUCUUUAAACAUAUGGAAUUGUUGUGCAUCUGAAAUUUAAGGAUAUUCAUAUGCUUUUUUGGGAUUUUUUUCCUCAACUUUGGCUUCAAACUUCUGUGUGAAAUAAGACACUUUAUUGGAAUUAUCAUCUAAUAAAAGCCUUUUUCAUUAAAAUGUAACAGACCUACUGCUAUUUUGCUAAAACCAGUGUUCAAAAGAGGAUGGAAGAAGAUAAGGAGAGAGGAAAGGAGGCUUGUUUUCAUUACAAAACUAAGACAUGUUCUGUUCUAUUUGUUUUAUUUGCAAACUGAAUUUCACAGGAACAUGAAACUAGUUUGAAGAAGCCCUAAAACCAUUGUCUUCAGAAAGAUAGUUCUGAAAUUCUGUACAACUUCAUAAACUUGGCUGUGACGAUCUGGGUGAAGUCUCUAAUCACAGAUCUCAUGUUUAGAAUUUGAGGGUGUUUGGUGAGUCCUUUAGGCCUAAGGGAACAUCACAUUUGUGACCUCUUGACCAGAUGAAUUUGAGUCACUGAAAGUUGAAUGUGCAGAUGUUUGGGCUUGAUACCUGAUACAGCAGGAUUCCCUCUUUGCUCCGUACAGUGUAUACCACUAAGGACUUUUGCUGGCUUUGGAUCAGCUUCCAGUAACAGUUUCAGGUUUUGGUUUUGCUUUUGAAAGCAGCUAAUAAAUUAAGGAUCAGCAGUCAUCUGUGUAGUCUUGACCUGUACUUGGCUGGGAAACAAUGGCCAAGAAAAAGCCUAUUAGAAAUGAAACUCAAAAGAGACAAGAACCCACCUCAAAGUAAACUGAAACAAUCAAGCUAAUACAGAGGCAAGAAUGUAUGUUAGAAAUAGUGAAAAAUCUUCCUCUUACAGAUUUUCCUCUAUACAAAAUACUAACCUGCCCCUAGGCAUAAGGGUUCCUUUCCAAGUUCCAAAACCCCUAAACCUUAAAGAAAGAGAAAAUACCACAAACAGACCCUACAGCAUUAACCACAUUCACCUCCUAAAGUAGGGCAGUGGUGUUCUCAAAAGCCCACUGAAGAGAGGGUACACUUAGCAACUAACUGAGAGCUUUUACCUCAAUUUCAUAAUGCACAGUUUGUACUUCAUUUUCACAGACUUCUUUAUGGGAGAUCUUUGCCUGAUUCAAUCACCAAUAGUAGAUCAGUGUAAUAAAAUUAUUUUGCAGUUGGAACAGAUCUUAAGAUAUAUUAAUAAAAAAAAAGGGUUACCUGUGAAUGAACUGACAAAGGAACAAGACUGUUUUGUUAAUGCUAGCAGCAACAUAGUUUGUUCAUGUGUCAGGUCAGCCUAUUGUUUGGCAGGAAAUUCAGUGCCAGACAGCACUAUGCCGUACUGUGGAAAAAAAAACAAAACAAAACAAAAAAACAACAAAAACCAAAAAUUAAUAUCCUUGUAUUUAAAAAUAAAAAUUAAUUUAAAAAGCAUUUUUCAAAAAUUUCAAGAGAGGAACUUGAAUAUGCCUGGCAUGUUCAAACAACAUGCAUCUAAAGCUGUAGCUCCAACAGUGGCAUUAGUCAUAUUUAAAUAAAGAUGUGCAAUGCCAGACUUUGCUCAUGUGGCACUCAAAUGGUUUUGCAGCAUAGGUAGCAGUAGUGUAACUCUCUGUUACUGUGAUGAUAUGGUUUCUGUUUCAUGUAGCCUUGUAGUGAGUUGUGAAUAUGUUACUGCUGAUUACAUUCAUAAAUAUGAGUAAAGUAUGAGGCAUAAAUAUAAGCAAAGUAUGAGAAUUUUUCCUUUGUGGUUUGAUUUGACAAUUCCUGGAGCCUUUCAUAUCAUAUGUCCUAACUACAGCUAAUUUUAUAUUGCUAUUGAUUUUUAUGGUGCCUGUCUUAAAUAUUACAGGACAUGGAAAGAAAUAUAAAUUACUGGAAUUGUAGAUUGUAAAGUACAAAAGGAGAGUCUAAGAAACCAGGGUGAAUGGAGCCCAAAUGCCAAGUUUAACACCUGCCAUCUUUCAACAAGGAUUCUAUUGAACGAACACCUUAAAAAAUGUUCACUACAUGCUUGUUGUGGUGAUGUCUGGGAACCCUUGAUUGGGACGGCAUUUUUCUAGGUGCUGUGGACUCCGAUAGUAAGAGACAAUCCCUGUCCUAAAGAUUGUAACCAUUCAGUUAUGCAAGAUGGGUAAGAAGAGGAAGAAAAGACAUCCCCCUUGUAGUAAGACACAGAGAUUAAUAUUUUCCCUACUUCAAAUUUAAGUUAGUGUGAAAAUGGAACUGAAGAAAUUAUCUCCUAUAUCUUGGUUCAGUAUCUAACUAGCAAGCCAUCUUGGCACAGAGCAGAUCCUGCAUUAAUGAGAGAUACUGGCUCUGAUGACCGAAAACUUGGUUCCUGAAUGAUUUCUCACUGCAAUUUGAAUGAUGAGUACCAUUCCUAGCCCUGCUGUUGGUUCCCUGGGUGACUUCAAGCCUUUACUCUCACAUUCUGCCUUGUAGGGAAAAGGGAAAGAUAUUGGAGUGAAAAGUUGAAGAAUCAUAAAUUUUUUUAGGUUGAAAAAAUCUCUUAAGAUCAUUCAGUCCAACUGUUAACCCAGCUCUGCCAAGCCCACCACUAAACCACAUACUUAAGUGCCAUUUCUACAAGUUUCCAAAAUACUGCUAGGCGUGGUGAAUCCGCUAUUUUCCGUAACAGCCUGCUGUAGUGCUUGACAACCCUUCUGGUGAAGACAUUUUUUCCACAUAUCCAAACAUCCACUGGUGCAACUUGAGGCCAAUUCCUCUUGUGCUGUCACUUUUUACUUGGGAGAAGGGACUGAUCCCCACUUGCCUAUAAUCUCCUUUCCGGUAGUGGUAGAGAGUGAUAAGGUGUCCCCUGAACCUCCUUUUCUCCAGGCUAUAUACCCCCAGCUUCCCCAGCUGCUUCUCAUAAAACUUGUGCUCCAGACCCUCCACCAGCUUUGCUGCCCUUCUUUGGACACGCUCCAGCACUUCAGUGUCUUUCUCAGGGGCCCAAAACUAGCACAGGUUUUAAGAUGUGGCCUCACCAGUGCCAAGUACAGGGGGAUGAUCACAUGCCUAGUCCUGUUGGCUCCACAGGUGUAGUGGGUCACAGACACUUUGCCCAUGCAUUAUGAGAUCUUCAUUCUUCUCCCUGCCUCUGACUUCCACUUCAGUGGGUACCUGGAGACCAACUUAAUGUUAAAGACUGAAGCAAAGGCAGAAUUAAGUAUGUCAGCCUUUUCCUUAUUCUUUGUCACUAUGUUUCCUCCUGCAUCCUGUAAAGAAUGGAGAUUCUCUUUAGCUCUCCUUUUGUUGCUAAUGUGUUUAUAGGAGCAUUUUGAUUGUCUUUUACAGUAGUGUCCAAAAUAAAUUCUCGUUGGGCUUUGACCCUUCUGAUUUUCUUCCUGUAUAACUUCAAGAUAUCCUUGUAGUCUGUCUGAGAAGCUUGCCCCUUCUUCCAGAGCUCAUAAACUCAUAAACUCUCCUCUUUUUUCCCCUUGCGAUCCAGGCAAAGCUCUCUGUUCAUCCAGGCUUCUCUUCUUCUACUCCAGCUUUUCUUAAGGCAUGAGGGAUAGUCUGCACCUGCAAUUUUACAAUUUCCUUCUUGAAGCAUGUCCAGCCUUCCUGGACUCCUUUGCCCUUCAUGACUGCUUCCCAAGGGACUAUAUCAACAGACUCCUAAAAAGGCCACAGUCUGCCCUCUGGAAAUCCAAGUCAGUCAUUCUGCUGAUCCCCAUCCUUCUCUGACAAUAGAAAACUUUUUAUUUUCUUUUUUUUUCUUUUUUUUUUUUUUUUUUUUGUGAUCACUAUACCUAAGAUGGACUCCAACCAUCAUAUCACCCAUCCCUCCUUCUCUGUUCACAAACAGGUCCAGUGCCUUCCCUAGCUGGCUCCCAGUGUCCAGAAGUUACCUUCCACACACUCCAUGUACCUUCUGCACUGCUUCCUAUCUGCUGUGUUGUCUUUCCAAAAGACACCUGAUGAGCUACUCUCCAGUUGAGCAGCCAUUCAAGCAGAGAUGCAUAGGAUGCACAUGACCAGAGAAGCAGUAUCUCAUUAAUUACUGUGUGAAGUCAGCUGCAGUUUAGUCUGCCAUUUUACAGUUUCUCCUACUUUAGUAAUCCCCAUUUUGUCUCUGGCAAGCCCUUCUCAUUUCAAGGGAAAGAAGAAGAAUAGAAUAAAAUUACAUUUACAUAUUGCUGGCUUUAUAUCUCACUUUAAGCAUGGUGUGUUCAGUAUAAUCCAUUACUGCUAAUAAGCUACAUGUAAAAUUGCCUCAACUGCAUUUUAUGAACAGUAAUUCUUCUUCAAUUCUUCAUUUCAAGAACAGUAAUUCUUUUGGAUAUUAAAUAUUUGAAGUAGUGUAAAUGCUAAUUAGCUGCCAGUGCAGAAACUGAUUUGUAAGAACAUAGCUCCUCUCCUUGACUUUCUUACAUCUUCCCUUCUCUUUAUUUAGAGCUGGCUUCUCCUUGCCUUUUGUACAAGUGAGUGGGAUCUGCCAACCCCAAAAUAAGUGACUUCAUGGGAAGGCUUCUAUGAAUGAAACCUAUCAGCAAGUGAAGUGCAGAGGCUGUAUCCAAAUGGCUCCUCCCCAGUAGCUGGAUGAUAGGCAGAAACAGAGUGAGAGCUGCUUUUUCCUCCUUCCCAAGGCAGCAGUGAGUGACACUAGCAGGUAUGUUCAGCCCAGAAGGAGUGCCACAAAGGACCUGCUUCCCACAGGCAACCUCUUCAGGCACAGUUCUUUCCUGACCCCUCUCCAGGACUGAGAGAGGACAGGCACUAUGCCUGUCUACAAAUGCAUCUGGUGGGCUCUCUUGCUUAGAGCUAUCUUACUUGUUAUCAAGGGCCUGAUCUUACAAAAUACUGCGUUGUGCAGUAAAGUGAGUUUCUACUGACUUUGAUGGAGGGACCACACCAUACCACAGAUCUGGGCCUUGAGACAUUUCAAGGAAAGGUUACUUUGACUGGGAACUACAGUAGGGGUUAACAAGUGAAUAUUAAUACUGUGGUACUGGGCUCCUGGUGUAUUAUAUUCUUCUUCCUUCUCUUUCUACCAAACUUGUUCUGAUUUCUACCAUAUAGAAGUAUCACCUGGCCUACCUCUUCUUCUCUAAAUACCCAGUGAUUGAAAAGAAAAUGUGUCCUUGUCUUAUCAAACAUUCCUUUGUCUGAAUACAGGUUGAGAGAGCAGCAGACCCAGAGAGAGCAGCAGCUCAGAGUGUACUGGUGUAUUUGGGCAGGACAAGAAGUCUUCCCUCCUUGGUUAACACAGGGUGUCACUGUUGUGGGACUGUGAGCUUUCCCUAGUUACAUCAGGAUUGCGUUCAGCCUUGGCAUAUUUUUUCACUACACACUGAAACAGAGGUGGAGCAAGAGUUUUGAGUGUUACCCUGUGGUGUUUCUCUUGGCAGGUUGGUCUGUGUCACUGCCUGUGGAUUCGAGGAGCUGUGGCCAGCUCACAGGGGAGAAAGAUGAGACUGAAUGUUUGCCCUCUACAAUGCUGGCACCAAGGUUUUCAGAGCCAACAACUGUACAGCCUGCAAGGGAGAUACCAAAACUGGCAUCUGCCCUUUGUUCAACAGGUUAGAUGAUCCUGGCUCACAUACUGAGGCUUCAUCCAAUACAAAGCCAGAGACAACACUACAACCCCAGCCUUCCUGUUCCCCACCCCUCCAGCACUCUUUAGCACCAGGCAGGACAGCAGAAUCACUCAGACAAUUUGCAUCCGGGAUGUGCAGUGCCCUCCUCGGCUCCCAGUCUCACAGUGUCCCUGUCUGCCGUGUUCUCAGCGUGACACUGGGAACAAAGGGCAUCUGGAGGCCUGCAGCACGGCUGCUCCCUCCUGUCCUCACAGCAGGUGGAUGGAAGCACGGCCGCUCCGUGUCGGAACGAAUCGGUGGUCACAGCUGUCUGCGGGGCUGGGCUGGAUUGUUGUACCCCGGAGAAGCCGUGGCAUGAGCAGUUGGAAUGGGGUGCUGUGCUGUGUGGAGCUAGCUCAUAUCGUGCCAGGCUAAGCAAUUAGGGCUCGUCCACUGAAUAAAGCAAACUGUGACCAGG